UUUAAAAAAAAAAAACAAAUUAAACAUAUCCUUACAUUCUACAAUUAAUACAGAUGGGAAACAUCAAUCUACAAAAUGUAAUAACAAAGGAAGACGUGAGGAUCAGGUUGCUGGAAACUUCAAUGAACUACAAGAUGAGAUCGUCCUACUUGAAUGUUUGCUUUAAGAAGUGCUGCAUUUAUAAAGUUCAUGAGUUUAUCUUGAAGGGGCAUGAAUCUUUUUAUCAGCCUUCAAUGAUGUCAAUUGGUCCCGUAUACUAUAAAGAUACGAAACUAGAAAGCAUGCAAGAGUUAAAAUGGAUUUUCUUGGAUUGCUUCCUUCAACAUCCCGAUAAUGCUUGUCGAAGCUUGAACACUUACAUCGAUUAUGUAAGAACAAGGGGAAGAGAGAUCCGCAGCUCUUAUCAGCAUCAAAGUAGACUCUCUAGUGACGAGUUUGUUGAAAUGAUAGUGCUCGAUGCUGCAUUCAUGAUCUACCUUUUCUUCAUGAGCAUCAAUAGGCCCUCGUUUAAGUUACCUUUUAUGGGGAAUAAUUUAGCAGCACAACUUAAUUAUUCGAUAAUGGAUUUAUUUCGGUUGGAGAACCAAAUUCCUUAUUUUGUUCUCAAGGGAAUCUAUGAUAUAGCAUUUGGUAACGUCUACCAACCUAAUACUCUCAUUAUAGCUAUUCUUUCACUUAUAAGCAAGAUUGGUGUUGGUAUCCCCGGAAAUACGUACGGCUAUCAAGAGUAUUAUUGUUGGAUGUCUUGUUGCCUUACUUCGAGCACACCACUGCACAACCAACCAAAUACAAAUAAUCGAAGAUCAACUGAUCCAUCAUCAGUAUUUUGUCAACACCAGCAGCGUCAUAUCAAGAUAGAAAGUGAUGAUGAUUCAAUCGGUCGUCUUUGGUACACUGCCAAGCAACUAAUAGACGCAGGAGUCACAUUUGUGGAAGGUGAAAGUAACAAUCCACUUGAAGUAACAUUCACUAAGGGGAAACUAACGAUUUCGAAACUAAAGAUACUAGAUUCCACAGAAACUAACCUGCGGAACUUGGUUUAUUUUGAACAAUGUCAUUACGAUGUUGAUACUUACAUCAUUGAUUAUAUUAUCUUCCUUGACGAAUUGAUAGACACCGUGGAAGACGUGCAAGUGUUAGUUAGAAGCAACAUAUUGAGUAAUCGUCUAGGAAGUGAUGAUGAUGUUGUAAAGCUUUUCAACAAUAUUGGCAAAAACGUACUUUUUGAUUCAUCAAGAUACCGUAAUUACUCCGAUGUUUGCAGAGAUGUGAAUCGCUACGCUUCAUCCCGUCAAAAUAAAUACAUGGCUAUUUUGAGGAGCAAAUACUUCAAUCAUCCAUGGGCAACUUUGUCAGUCAUUGCUGCAUUCUUUCUUUUUGUGCUUACUCUGUUACAGACUACUGCAGCUUACAUCUACAAGUAGUCCAACUACAUAGAUAACGGGAAUUUCCCUAUUUCUCAUAAUGACAUUUUCGUGAAUAAAUCAACAACUUUUUCAUUAUUGUGGGCUCCACAAUUCAAUAAAGUUAUUGGUUUAUUUACGAAAAUGCCAUGUUUCUCACCAUGAGAAAUCGGGGCAUCCUCAUAGAUAACUAGCUCUAUCUUGAGUGCUAAUGCUUACAUAUAUAGAGAUUCUUGCCAUGUCUAAUACUACUGCAAUGAAAUUGGAGACUUGAAUCUUGCAUAUUCAUGGUCUUGAAUGUUUCAAUUUUUUUUUUUUUUUUUUUUUUUUUCGGGGGGGGGG